GUCGGAGCCUGGCUUGGUUUUGGAGUGGACGAGCGGCGGGUUCGGGCUCGGGCAUGGCAUCCCCAUCGCGGAGGCUGCAGACCAAGCCGGUCAUCACCUGCCUGAAGAGCGUCCUCCUCAUCUACACCUUCAUCUUCUGGUUCUCUGGCAUCAUCCUCCUGGGCGUUGGGAUUUGGGGCAAGGUGAGCUUGGAGGUCUACUUCUUUCUACUGAAUGAGAAGGCCAGCAAUGUUCCUUACGUCCUGAUCGGGGCAGGAUUGGUGGUCGCUCUGCUGGGCACCUUUGGCUGUUUUGCGACCUGUCGCGGAAGCACAUGGAUGCUGAAACUGUAUGCCAUGUUCUUAACCAUCAUCUUCCUUGUGGUGCUAGUGGCUGCCAUUCUGGGUUUUGUCUUCAGACAUGAGAUAAAAGAUAGUUUUAAUAAAAACUAUGAAAAUGCUGUGAAGCGUUACAAUGGGACCAGUGACGACCUCAGCAAAGCAAUCAAUGAUGUCCAGACAACGUUACACUGCUGCGGGGUAGAGAAUUACACGGACUGGAAAACGAGCGACUACUUCAAAGAGAAAGGCAUUCCCAUCAGUUGCUGCAAACCUUUGGUGAACUGUACAGCUGAUGACUUGAAGAACAUCACCAGAGCAGGAGGCAAAGUUUACGAACGAGGUUGUUUUAGCCUGGUGAUACAAACCAUGGACUCUGAGAUGGGCAUUGUGGCUGGGAUCUCCUUUGGCACUGCUUGUUUCCAGUUGAUUGGAAUUUUCUUGGCCUGCUGCCUCUCCCGGUCCAUCACGAGUAACCAGUACGAGAUGGUGUAACACUGCAAGACGGGGGAGCUUCGCCCAACACUCCAAGGGUUUAUCUAAACAAA